GAUCAUUACAACAUGAAUAUAAAUUUAAUAUUGAUUAUAAUAAUAAUACUAUUUCUGAAAAUUAUGAAGAAUUUAUAUUUCUUAUAGAUGAUGAUACAUUUUAUUCAAUUUUUACUAAUUUUCAAAUUAAGGAAUUUCAUAAUAUUUGGAAUAAAGAUCCAUUACAUUAUGAAGAAAGUGAAGUAUCUGAAGAAUUUAAUGAUAAAUUAAUGAAAUAA